AUGUCUCGAUUGGCGUUGAGUUCAGUACUUCUGAGAGGUUCUUUUCGUAGGUUUUCCUUGAGUGUCCCUAUCCAUUCUAAAACAAUUUCAAAAAGAGUAAUAAUACCGCCUACAACGCAUCUGAAGAGCGAUUCCACAGGUUCAGCUUCUGGAAAAAUUGGAAUUGAUGAAUUCAAACAACUACCGGAAGAUUCAGAUUAUAUUGAAAAUUUCUAUAAUGAGUUAGAAGACUUUAGUGAGGAAUAUCUCAAGAAGCAUACAAAAAAGUCAUUUGCAGAUUUUGAAGGUGAACCAGACGAUUUGGUUUUCCAAGUUCAAAAAUACGUUGAAUUACAAAUAGUACCUAAAUAUACUGUAGAAGCAGGAGAUCAAUCUAGAAUAUACAGAAGUAUUGGUGACAAACUUUUAGUUGAAAGAUAUAUAGAGUUCAUCAAAGCAAUGAAACUGACCCUAAGAUUAAACGGAGGACAUACAUUCAUUUUUGAUUUGAUUUUACAAUCACAUGCAGUAUUCAAUGAAUGGGAAUCCAAUAAAUAUCGUAAUAGAUAG